AUGUCCGCUCCAUCCCAAACUUACAAGGUUGCAGAUAUCUCCUUAGCUGCCUUUGGUAGAAAAGAUAUCGAACUAUCCGAAAAUGAAAUGCCAGGUCUUAUGUACAUCAGAAAGAAGUACGGACCAGCACAACCAUUAAAGGGUGCUAGAAUUGCCGGUUGUUUACACAUGACCAUCCAAACUGCUGUUUUAAUUGAAACUUUGGUUGCGUUAGGUGCAGAAGUUACCUGGUCUUCUUGUAACAUCUACUCCACUCAGGAUCACGCUGCUGCAGCUAUUGCCGCAGCUGGUGUUCCAGUUUUCGCUUGGAAGGGUGAAACCGAAGAAGAGUACGAAUGGUGUAUUGAACAACAACUAUUUGCAUUCAAGGAUGGUAAGAAAUUGAAUUUGAUUUUGGAUGAUGGUGGUGAUUUAACUAAAUUAGUCCAUGACAAGUACCCAGAAAUGUUAGAUGAUUGUUUCGGUUUAUCUGAAGAAACUACCACUGGUGUCCACAACUUGUACAAGAUGGUCAAGGAUAAUGUCUUGAAGAUUCCAGCUAUCAAUGUUAAUGAUUCCGUUACCAAGUCCAAAUUCGACAACUUAUACGGUUGUAGAGAAUCUUUGAUUGAUGGUAUUAAGAGGGCAACCGAUGUCAUGGUUGCUGGUAAAGUUGCAGUUGUUGCAGGUUUCGGUGAUGUUGGUAAAGGUUGUGCUAUGGCUCUUAGAGGUAUGGGUGCAAGAGUUAUUGUUACUGAAGUCGAUCCAAUUAACGCUUUGCAAGCUGCAGUUUCUGGUUAUGAAGUCAACACUAUGGAUGACGUCGCUAAGAUUGGUCAAAUUUUCGUCACAACUACCGGUUGUAGAGAUAUCAUCACUGGUGCACAUUUCGAACAAAUGCCAGAAGAUGCAAUUGUUUGUAACAUUGGUCACUUUGAUAUUGAAAUUGAUGUUGCUUGGUUGAAGGCUAACGCUGUUGAAUGUAUCAACAUCAAGCCACAAGUUGACAGAUACCUUAUGAAGUCUGGUAGACACGUCAUCUUAUUAGCAGAUGGAAGAUUGGUUAACUUGGGUUGUGCAACUGGUCAUUCCUCCUUUGUCAUGUCAUGUUCCUUCUCUAACCAAGUUUUAGCCCAAAUCGCUUUGUUCAAGGCUAAUGAUGCGGAAUUCAGAAAGACUUACCCAGAAUUCGAAAAGACUGGUCCUUUCACCGUUGGUGUCCACAUCUUACCAAAGAUUUUGGAUGAAACCGUUGCAAGAUGUCAUUUGGACCACUUGGGAGUUAAAUUGACCAAGUUAUCUAAUGCUCAAGCAGAUUACUUAUCCAUCCCAGAGCAAGGUCCAUACAAGCCAGAUCACUACAGAUACUAA